GCGAGUGGUUCGCAGAACUGAACCUCCAGCUGCUGGCGGGGAAGCGAGGUCACACCGACACUGGACGGUGAGCAAGUUAGCAUUGAGUCGUGCUGGUCGCAAACAGAAACGGACUGGUCGGAAAGAGAAAAGGACCUGUCGGAAGCAGCAAGAAAAUCGUCCUGGUCGGAAACAGCAGCGUGCUGAGCGGAAAGAGAAAAGGACCUGUCGGAAGCAGCAAGAAAAUCGUCCUGGUCGGAAACAGCAACAAAAUCGUGUUGAUCGGACAGAGGAUCGGACAGAGGGGGACAGAAAGCGGCAACGAAGAGAUGAUGAUCGAGCGAGAGAUGUCAGAGGCCGACAAGAAAGAAUCCUGGGCAGCACUGCAUGGUCGAACAACAUGUCUGGUCACAGAAGUGAUAGAGUCAAUGAUGAAGACAAUCCAUUCAAUAGGUUUGUGUGUGCCUUUCCGCUACGGCGUGAUCAUGCAGAAGAGGAUUUGCGUGAAUGGCUACAUGAACCUACGGCAGUGGCUGCGCAGCCUUGUUUGCUGUGUCAGGAAGGCUUCGAACAUCGUGAUGCUUUUAUUGCUCAUGUUGAUGCUGUUCAUGGUGGUCUCCAACGUUAUCGAAAUGCCUGUUGGUUCCUGGAAUCUCUAUGUCUUCACGUGGUCACUGCUCAGGAGGUGAGACAUUAUGCGAGCAACUAUGCGACUUUCUUGCAACUGGGAGCAAUGGAUUGGGAAAAGUCUCUUGUUGAGGCCAUGUCGCAACCAGGAGCUGCUGUGGAAGAUUUUCUCCGACGUCGAUGUGCCUGUGUUUUCUGUGUUCGAUCAUUUUGGAUGGAAGAUCUGAAAGAUGUAUUUUUGCAAGGGGAUCAAUGUUUCAUGCAGAAUCCGGAUGCAGUUUGGCAACUCAUUGGAGAGGCCUGCCAGAUGUUGACCAAUGUUCCUGUCAAGGACUACAAGAACUGUCCAGCUGUUGCGACCUCGUUGAGUGCUCUCAUGGGAGUCGUCGUCCCCGGAGCGUUGAGGAAAGUGGAGACUGUGUUCGAAGUCGUUGGCCUACAGGCGCACGCCACUGCGCCAACGGAGCGUCGACUUGCUCUGCGACUCACGGUGGCAGACUCGAAUGCACAGUGCAGCCUGAUGAUCUAUCAUGAAGGUAUUUUGGCUGUUGCCAAGCUGCUGAACGUUGAGCUGACCACACCGUUGCAGGACACGCGGACUUUGAGAACGCAGCUUCGUGAUAUGUUUCGAAGUGCUCAAUGGACUUGUCAUUUCACAUUCCGUGGCAAUGAAUACCAAGAAGUACUGGAACUUGAUCUUCGGCAUCUGGAACCUUGUUUGGUCACAACACGUGAGGCAGUUGCCGCAACCUCGCCGGAGUUGUUGCAACGCCCAGUCGACUUGGCAGAUGAUGAAGCUUUGCAGCAGGAGCCAAACACGACCUCGGCCAUUCGUGUCAAGAGGUCUGUGGAUUGCCUGUUGUCGAAGCACGCUUCGGACAUGCCUUUUCGGGCCAAGCUCCGUUGUGCUGGACCUGCUUCGGCCGUGAACUGGAUGCUCCGAGGAUCCGCAGGUCAAGUCUUCCAAGUUGUCCUUGGCCAGACCGACAGUUUUGAAGAAUACUCGGUUUUGUGGCAUGUGCCGGUCGUGCAAGAACGAGUUCCUGAAGUGACAGCUUUCUGGGAAUUUCUCAGCGCCACUGAAUCCAAAGAGGCAGGCUUUCAGUUUGACAAGGAUUGGGAGACGCCGUUGAAACGCCUGCGAGGUCUGCGUGAUGGGAUGCCCGAGACAGCGAUGCCUGGCACAGCGGAGAUGUGCCGAUGGACUCCUCGUAGUGGCGUGCUGAGACUGUGA